ACCAGUAGACGCUUCAUUCUGCUUCGGUACGGAGCUGAGAAGUCUUGGUGAAUGUGUGUGACAACCGGCAGAUACAUCCAGCAUCACGAAGGCAGCAACAAUGAGUAAGGUUUUGGUAUACGUGAUGGAUAAAAUCGUAUGGAUGCUGUUAAUAACCGCCUUAACGACACAAGCUUUACAAAUUGCUGGUGUCAUAAAUGCUCCUAAGGGACUACAAGAAAUUACAUAUACUCAGGACAAUGAGUAUAAUUAUCAACUUGCUGUUGAAGAAGCUGACACUAGAGGAAAACGUGAAACACAAGAAAGGUCACAAAUCAUAGACAGCCUUUUUAAUAUACCAAUUCAGACUCUAAAUGCUGUAAAUAAUUUGGUGCAGAAUUCUAGACCAGCACUACGAGGUAUAAGGGACUAUGCCGUUAGGAGAUUCACGAAAUCCGGUAGAUCCACAACUGUUGGUACUACCACAACAACUACUACAGAGCAGCCAGAAUCAAACGUGUACAAACGGUCAUAUCCUGUUUAUAUCAGACCCAAGGAGGACGAAGAUAAAUAUAAACUGUAGCUUUUGAAUAAGAAUUCUAAUGACUGCUUAGAAAUUAUUUGGUGAAUACAUCGGUGAAGUUUAUGUUAAAACUAUUGUAUGUAUUAUUUAAGUAUAAUUUCGUGUACCUAUAUAGUUUAAGAUGUAACCUAUGUGCUGUACAAAGAGAAUUUUUAGAAACUGAUAUAUUCGUAAGUUUUUAUUUUUAGAUCAAAUAUGUCCCUUAAAAGUUUUUAUUAUGUUGCCAGUGUAAAAAUGAAUUU